AUGAAUAUUCCCAGUGUUUGCCGAACUUGUCUUUCACGUUCAGACGGUGAUAAAUUUCGUCCAUUGUUCAAAAAGUCGUUAAUAUGCAGUAGGAAACGUCGAUUCGUAGAUCUUUUGCUAGAAUGCAUCCCAUCACUGCAGCUAGCAGCAGAUGAUAAUUUUCCUAAAUAUAUCUGCAGCAGGUGUUCUUUACUUUUAAAGCAUUUUGUUCGAUUUCGAAACCGUUGCUUGAAAGCAGAUAGAGAGCUUAGGGAGCGUUCUGAGUCGAAUACAGUAAUUGAAUCAUCAGAGCAAACAAAUAGUCUCCAAUUAGUCAAGGAAAAUAAUUCGGAUCAAGAUGAUGAUUUCAAUAACGGUAUUGGAGAAGAGCGAAAAGAACAUCCUGGAAAUACACAAGAAAAUAAUAUCAAGACUGAUACCGUGGACACACCUACCGAACAAUUAGUAAAUAAUUCAGUCGAUCCUCCGAAUAGCAACGAGAAAAAUAAUACUAAUCACUCGUUUGUAUGCAAUUAUUGCAAUAAAGUGUUGGGUACCAGCAAGUCUUUCAAAUGCCACAUGCAACUUCACUCCAAUUUAGCAAACUACUUAUGCAAUCGAUGUGGCGAUCGCUUCAAAACGAAGAUGGCUUACAUUGGACACAUGGCUAGUCACGAUCCAGACCGAUAUAAAUGCGAUGUUUGUGGAAAGUCUUACCGCCAGGCUGCGUCGCUCCGAAAUCACAAACUCAGCCACAGUCAGGAAAAGCCGUUCUCUUGCACAAUUUGCGGACACUCGACAAGCCAGAAAAGCAGUCUUAAAAAACACAUGCUAACACAUUCGGAAACAAAGUCCUACGUUUGCGAUAUUUGUGGGGAUCAUUUUCGGUUUUCUAGCAAUCUCAUAAUGCAUAAGCGCCGGAAGCACACGGUGGUAAAGGACCAUGUUUGCUCCAGUUGUGCGAAAGCGUUCGUCUCUAAGGAUGAACUUCUGAACCAUCAGAUGUGCCACACUGAUGCGAGACCGUUCGAGUGCGAACAAUGUCAGAAAACGUUCAACAGGAAAAGUUCGCUGCAGUUCCAUCAGAGGCAGAAACACUCGAUGAGGCCCAAGCACGCUUGUCUCGUGUGUGGUCGAGGUUUCGGUCAGAAAGUUUCGCUGCAGAAUCACAUGAAAAUGCACAUUGUAACGGAUUGAGGUAAGAAGUUUUUAGUACAGAAAAGUA